GGUUCUUUUUUUUUUUUACGUUUAACGACGUCACUGGCACUUAGUGAACCGGAUGUUCUCGUGACGUGUCUUCCGUAGCAACAACAAACCCUGGAGCUAAAACCAAACACAACCCGACAAGACAAGAAGCGAUUCUCUGUCAGAUUCAACAACAACUUUACUAGAAAUGGCUGAAGUCGAGGAAACGCUGAAGAGGAUCCAGGGCCAGAAGGGCGUGCAAGGAAUCAUCAUCGUGAACGCAGAGGGCAUCCCCAUCAAGACCACCAUGGACAACUCCACCACGGUGCAGUACGCAGGCCUGAUCCACCAGCUGGUGAUGAAGGCCCGUAGCACCAUCCGGGACGUGGACCCCCAGAACGACCUCACGUUCCUACGCAUCCGCUCCAAGAAGAACGAGAUCAUGAUCGCCCCGGACAAGGACUACUUCCUGAUCGUCAUCCAGAACCCGUCGGACUAAAGGCGAACGACCCGCUCACCUUUCGUCAAGACCUUUAUCGUGGCGUCUCCCGUUCAAACGGCGGGCUGACGGUUUACACUCUCAUCAGAAGCUCUUUCUUUAUGCACUUAGUGUGUGAGGAUGGAGACUUGGUGGGAUGGAUGUGGUCGCAGUUCAUUCAGCGAUACCCUUGAGAGUGUGGGUCGAUUAAUAUUAUUUUGCAUCAUUCCAUUGCCGUUCAAAGCCCAUUUCUCUUCACUAUAUCUGCUAUGAACACCUACUUACCAAUGACCCCUAUAGUAAAUCAGCAUUGCACACGAGUUCUUUUGAGUGGAUUUCAAAUGUAUACGCAUACACAUACUGUCCGUCUUUUGCCAAUUUAACUUCCACAAACAAAAUUCUGAAGCUGCAUCUAUUGGUAUAAGGAGUGAACUACACAUCUCCAAACCAGUUUUUUGAUUUUGAUUUUUAUCUGUGUGUUCAUAAUUGUAUUUAUUUAGUUCAUGAAGUACACAGUAUUCUGUUGGUGAGCUGAGAACUAACAAACUACCGUCAUCUCCCGGCACCUAAAUAUUGUUGCUUAUUGUACCUGUUGGUUGGAAGAUCAAUAAAAAUGAUUAACAUGCGA